CGCCUUGGUGAUCAGAGAGCCGCAGAACUCCGGGCUGAACGCACCUCACUGGACCAGCUCUCCUCUCCUCUUGGAUCCUACGAGCUUUUCGCCUUUCAGUAGAAAAAACAAAGACUCUGUUAUAUGUUGUUUUUUUGUUUUUGGGACUCGUCUUUCAUUAAAGGAUCUGUAUUUAAAGUUGGAUUUAUGAAGAUGUUUCCGGCCAAGUAGCGCACCGGGACGGGGCGUCUUUUCUCUCUCCUCUUCCGCUUUCUUCUUGUUUGCUUUGGAUUAAAUUUACACCACAUCGAAUUUAGAGAGGAAUCACCCCCCCGAAAAGCGCUGGCUUUACCCCCGAUGAAAUAUCUGCCAUCCGGACCUGCAGCGGAUCGACUUAGUGAGCGGAUCAAACUCAUCGAGACCUCCGAGUCUGCGAAGCGUCGCCCCGGCGCUGCGCUCCCUCCGCUGACCCCUCUGGACCCUCUGCGGCAGGCCAAGCGGCUCCCCAUCCGACUGAUCAACAUGUUGACAGCGCACACUGGACAUCUGCUCCACCCGGAAUAUUUACAGCCUUUAACAUCCGCACCAGUCAGCAUCGAGCUGGAUGCAAAGAAGAGUCCACUGGCCCUGCUGGCUCAGACCUGUUCUCAGAUUGGUAAACCGGACCCUCCUCCCUCCUCUAAGCUUGGCUCCUCCUGCAGUCCAGGAGACAAGGAGCCCAGUGGUCGGUCAUCUGCCUCAAAUCUGAAGCUGGGGGAACACCGCCCAUCAGCUGAAGACAAAUCCAGCUUUAAACCGUACAACAAAAGCAGUGUAGACUGUCGCAGGGAUGGCGUUACCAGCAGCUCCAGCGGCGAUAAAGUUGGAUUCAGGGUACCGAGCAGCAGUAGCUUAACUAUUAAUGGGAAUUCAACUAGCAGCCAGCAAGCCUUCCCAUCUCACACUUCAUCCCCUGGCUCCAGAGGCAGCAGCACCCCUCCGGGACAGGCUCAGCAGCAGCAUCACAAACAGAGCCAGUCUCCAGGUGGACAGCCCAGUUCACAGCCCCAAACUCUGAGCGCCGAAUCGGGACGUGAGCAGAGCAGUCCUUCCAGCACUUCUGGUAAUCAUAAUAAUAACAAUAGCAAUCCAAAAAAAGACAGUGAUGUAAACAAGGCCAGCACAGACAGUCCACAUCACGCCAACUCCAGUCAUGUUCGGGCGAGCACAAACUGCAGCAACAGCAGCUCUGAUGGGGGCUCCAACCAGGACGGCGGUAGAGCUGAAAACACUCAUCCUAACCUUGGAUCUGGACAUGUAACGCCCAUCUCUCCUUAUAAAAGCAGCCAGCCGCUCUUCCCCCUGCCCUCCUCUAAUAUGGGCUAUCAUGGAUCAGUCAUGGGGGGUUACGCAGGCUACCCGUCACAGUUCAUUUCAGGACUGGACCCGUCUAAAUCAAGCCUCAGUAUGGGAGGAAAACACUCCAGCUCCAGCCCUCUGUCAGGUGCCUCCCCCCCCUCGUUCAUGCAGGGCCUUUGCAGGGACCCUUACUGUCUAAGCUACCCUGGUGUGUCUCAUCUCGGCACUAACAACUGCAACUCUUGCAUUCACGACCCUUCCUCCUCCCUAAAAUCAAGCUUUCCUAUGGUGUACCCCUCCCAUCCACUUCAUUCCCUCCACCAAAGCUCUUUGUCAUCCAGCGUGUCCCCCUCCCUGUCCCAUCCCCUAUAUACAUAUGGCUUUAUGGUCCCCAACGACCCCCUUCCCCAUGCCUGCAACUGGGUGUCAGCUGGAGGGCCGUGCAACAAGCGUUUUGCCACCUCGGAUGAACUCCUGGCUCACCUUCGCACCCACACGGCUCUGCCUGUAGGAAUGGACAGUAAGCUGCUCUCUGUUUCUUCAUCUGGACCCGCAUCCUGCCACUUACACCUCCCACACCAGAGCAACCCAGGCUCCCUCCCCAGCUCUCUAUCGCUCAGAGCUCCGCCAAGCUUCGGUUUAGCUCGCUAUCAUCCCUACAGUAAGGUCCAUCUCCCCUCUGGGCCUUCCUCCAUCUCCCUGCACUCUCUGCCCACCACAGGCCCCUACUAUCCUCAUUACACUCUCUACAGUCAAAGACUUGGAUCUGCAUCAGCUCUUGGAUACCAAUAGAACACCAUGUACUUGUUUUUUUUCUCUGAAUAGUUUGACAUUUUGGGAAUUAUAUAUGUUUGCUUCCUUGCAGAGAAUUUCAAACAGCUCUCUCAUAAAUGUGAACCUAUGGCCUGUUAGCUUAGUUUAAAAAUCUGCCCUGGCUUCAGCUUCCUUCAUCUCUAAAACUCAUAUGAAACAUUGUUUGAUAGGACCAAUAGCUGAAGCAAGAUGUUUUAAAUUUUCUCAUAAAUUUGGCAGCAGGUUGUGAGAAAACCGAACAGAAGCCAAAGCUAACAAUCUAACUUGCCUUAUAACAUGGAUAACCUAUGUUUAUUCCACCCAUUUAUUUCAGAUUAAAAACAUAUUGCAUGACUUCACGAGCUCCUUCUAAGGUGUUGCUGCUUCUUUAAAUAGCCAGGCUAGCUUUUCGCUUUUUGUUUGUGCUAAGCUAACAAUCUGCAGCUUUAUAAUCGUCGAGAAAACAACAAUGCCUUGCCUCUGCCAGAAAGUUCGAAACCGCAUUCCCCAAAAUGUUUUACUAUCUCUUUAAAACUGAUUGUGGCAACUUUUCUUUUUUCUUUUCCAUACUCAGAAAUAAAUUAUAGGCAUUUUUUUUUCUCCAAAACCUAAAAGCAUCUCCUCGCUUUGUUUGAAGUUUAAUCCACAAGAUUUCUAAAAUAGACUCUCGUUCUAAAUGAAGAGGGCAUGUAGAUCUUUUCUACACGUUGCACGAGACUCUACAGCCCUGAGGUGAUCUACGGCCCUGUGCUUUCCUAGAAUUUGAUGGUUGUGCACAUAAGCUCUUAACCGUUUUUUUCAACAAACAGUGGUUAUUUAGUAAAGAAAAAAAGCUGGUGUGUAAGUGGCUGCAGCCUCUGGCCUCAGUUGCCUUCUCCCUACUGGAGAUGCAUGAAAGCUGGAAACAACACACCCAUUUAGCUCACCAAAUGUUUGUGAUGACAUGCUUGGAUUCUUCUAUACUCCUUGCCGCUGACGAGGUGUAUUUAUUUCCUACAGAAUCUGUGGCUCCAAAACUUUCUAUAUGUUCACCUUUUGCAGUAAUGUGAGCAGGCCUGUUCGGAAACCUGGACAGGUGUUAAAACUGUGUCUUAACACUUUGUAUUGAAUGAAUGUUAAAAUCACAUCUUGUUCACAGCUUUUUGAUUUUUUUUUAUUAUUAUUAUUAUUUCCACAGCAAAAUGAAUAAAACUGAGAUGUGAUAUUUUUUUCUAAUAUUAAAAACACCCCUUGGAGGGUGGGAUGCAGUGACAUGCUGGGGGGGAGGGGAUCGUAUUUUGGUAAAUAAAUCACA